AUGACAGGAGUCAAAGAAAAUCUUCAAGAAGUGAAGAAGCUAAAAGGAGGGAAGGUCACUUUUGGAUGUGGAACCAAAGGAAUGAUUCAAGGCAAGGGACGAACCUCUGAUGAGCAACCACAGCUUAUGAACGUCUAUCUCGUCAAGAGUGCAAAGCCAUUGACUCUGACGGAAAGACAGUCUACGAGGAGUUCGUUCAGGCAACAACUGCUACAUGUGGGAUCAAUCUGCAAGUGCCUAAGUGUCCGAGAUGAUGUUGAACUAUGGCACAAACGAUUGGGUCACAUGAAUGUUCGACAUCUCACCGACUUGGUGAAUAAGGAGAUUGUUCGUGGUGUUCCGAAGCUGAAGGGAACUGAGAAACUUGUAUGUGGUCCUUGCAAUCAAGGAAAGCAAAUCAAGGUCCAGCACAAGAAGGUGGCAGAUGUACAAUCCAAGACUGUUUUGGACUUAGUACACAUGGAUUUGAUGGGACCAAUGCAAGUGGAGAGCAUUGGAGGAAAGCGCUAUGUCUUUGUUCUAGUGGAUGAUUACUCGCGAUACACUUGGGUCCGCUUCAUUCGUGACAAAUCUGACACCAUGGCGAGUUUCAAGAUUUGGGCUCUUCAAGUUAUCACUGAGAAAGGAAGCCUCAAGCGCAUACGCAGUGAUCAUGGGGGAGAAUUUCAGAAUGAGGUCAUGACUAAGUUCUGCAAUGAACAAGGCAUAGCUCACCAAUUUUCGGCACCUAGAACACCACAGAUGAAUGGAGUAGUGGAGCGAAAGAACAGAACACUUCAAGAAAUGGCGAGCAAUGAUCCAUGGAGGAAACAUUCCUGUGAAGUUUUGGGCUGA